AAAAGUGACCCGGUUCAUAAAAGCAACAAUAAAAUCUACCAGCAAUAUCUGGUCUUAACGAAUGUGGAAAAAGGAAAGUUACCAGACCUUCCAUCCACUAUACCAAACUAUUGUUGUUGCCACCAUUAAUGAGCUGCUCUUGUCCAUCUUUUUUAAAAUUCCAUGAAAAUGAUACUCCUUCAAACGGUUCUUUUCUCAAGAUCUCCAACAAUCGAAGUUCUUCAAUUGGUUCCUUCAGAUCGGAAGUUUGGGAGUACCAACCAAGAAAAAUGACUACUGGUAGUCAAGUGAAUGAUACUGCAAUGAUUGUGACAACGACUAAUGUUACCACAACGAUUCAUACGAGUGCUCCACAGGCAAUGGCACUAGUGGAGAAACGCAAAAAAUUCCCGGGUGUUGAUUUCAAAAGGUGGAAACAGAAGAUGUUCUUCUACCUUACAACUUUAUGUCUUCAAUAAUUUAAAUGUGAAGAAUCUCCAAAGGUGCCCAAAGGAGUUUUGGACCAGGAGAAAUUUGUCGUUAUGUAGGCGUGGAAACACUUAGAUUUCUAUGCAGGAAUUACAUUCUAAAUGGCCUCCAAGAUGAACUAUACGAUGUGUAUAGUGGAAUAAAGAUGGAAAAUGAGUUGUGGAGGGCGCUGAUAAAAGAAAAUACAAGACUGAAGAUGCGGGAACCAAAAAGUUCUUCAUUGCAAGAUUCCUAGAGUUUAAAAUGAUUAAUAGCAAAUUUGUUGUAUCUCAA